AUGCAAAUUGAUUUAAUAGACAUGAGAACUGCUGAACACAAUGGUUUUAAAUGGAUAUUUCACGCAAAAGAUUAUUUUUCAAAAUAUUCUUGGCUUUAUCCAUUAGUUACAAAAGAAGCAAUUAAUGUUGCUGAAACAUUAAAAUCUAUAUUUUAUCAAUUCGGACCACCAAGAAUUUUGCAGUCGGACAAUGGCCGCGAAUUCGUGGCCAAAGUCAUUCUUGCUUUAACAAAAUUAUGGCCGGGAUUGCUGAUAAUUAAUGGACGGCCGAGACAUCCUCAGUCACAAGGAUUAGUUGAAAGAGGCAAUGCCGUCGUACAGCAAUUACUGGGAACGUGUGUAGCUCGAACUAUUAAUCAAACACCGUUCGAAGUAGUUUUCGGACAGCAACCACGGACGGAUGACUACACUUGGAAAUGCAUUGAAACUCAUCUGAAAACCAAUCAACCGAUCGAACCAAGUCAUGUUAUACUUGAAGAAGACUUACCAGAUGAUAUCUUCGACAUGAUAAAACAAGUAGAUGAAAUUGAAGGUCCACCGAUUGAUCCACAAACGAACAAUUCUAAUGAAGAACCAACAUGUACCAAUGUAGCAUCAACAACUAAUACGAACGAUCAACAACCACAGAAUAAUAAAGAAGAAAUACGUUCAGAUUUCAACAUAGAUCAUGAAGAACUUGUUGAUUCAACCACCUGCCUAUCCAACGUUCUUGAAUCAAAAGCUGCAUCCAUUGCUGUUAAUCGUCACAAACGAAUCCGUGAAAAUACUGAAGAAUGUUAUUUGAACAAUGCUCAUUCACAACUUACUAAAUAUAUUAGCAAGUCCUCUAAACGACAACGAACUUAUCAUGUUGGUGACAUUAUUGGCUUGAAGGUAUCCGAUGUUGAUCGUACAAAUACUUCUUCGACAAUACUUCCAUGUAAAAUAGUUGAUUCCAAAGAUCAAGAUGGUGAAGUUUUCUGUAAUGUUGCAACCAUGAAUGGUAUCAUAAAAGAAAGUUUUCAAUCAAUAGUUUUUCUAGAUAUUACAGCAUCCAAUUUCACUGCAUUACGAAUUCUC